CGCCGCCAGGCUACCGCCCCCUCUUGGCUUCUCAAACGCUGAGCGUCCCUGACUAGCGUUUUGUAUUCUGCUAGUCUCGUUUGACAGUUUAACAAACGCACCUACAGUUAUUCUUUAUUUUAAGUAGGAGUUAAACAGUAGGUGGUUAUCUCGUUUUGAAGCCUUUUGGCUCAGGGCUACUCCUGUGGCAGGUGUGUCGCGGGCUGAGUCCUGGGCCUGGGGAGAAUUGACACCCCUCUUCCCGUGGAGCUUAGACUUGUGGGAGGCAGCUGGUGAGGAAACAUAGAUGCAGUUAUUGAAGACAAUGAUAAACGCCCCCCAGUAUCCUGUUCAGAGUGAUGCCAGAACGUUCCGGGAUGUACAUGCAGGUGGAGAUGCACACAGGCUCCCGCCUCCACCUGAAGAGGGCUCCGGGCAUCAGGUCUUGGUCGCUUCUGGUUGGGAUCCUGUCCAUCGGCCUGGCCGCCGCCUACUACAGCGGAGAUAGUCUGGGCUGGCAGCUCUUCUACGUCACGGGCUGCCUGUUUGUGGCGGUACAGAACCUGGAAGACUGGGAGGAAGCCAUCUUCAACAAGAGCACCGGGAAGGUCAUUCUGAAGACGUUCAGCCUGUACAGGAAGCUGCUGACCCUUUCCAGGGCAGGCCAUGAACAAGUGGUGGUCCCGCUGAGCGAUAUCCGGGAUGUGAACGUGGAGGAAGAGAAGGUCCGGUACUUCGGGAAGGGCUAUGUGGUGGUGCUGCGCUUUGCAACGGGCUUCUCGCACCCCCUCACCCAGAGCGCGGUCAUGGGCCACCGCAGCGAUGUGGAAGCCAUCGCCAAGCUCAUCACCAGCUUCCUGGAACUGCACCGUCCAGAGAGCCCCAGGGACGUGUCUCAGAGCAGUGACAGUGACCCUGACGCAGGGGGCCACAGUUGACGGCCCGGGCCUCCCCCCAUGGCGGCAUCCCCGGCAGCUGCGGUGGGGGAGUCUCGGGCACACCCUUCCCCACGAGCCUGCGUUGCCCAGCGUCGGCCCGUCUGCCGCUUGCUUUUAUUCUCUAACACGGUCCUUGUC